AUGGAGACACCUGCAGACAUCCACUUCUCCACACUCAUGUCCGUAGAAGUGUCUGUGAGUGCGUGUUUUGAUAUCAUGCGUGCCGUUAUACAACGUGUACUAUCAGCUUCUGUUCAAGUAGGCGAUGAUGUUGUCAGUUUAAUUAAUCGUGGCCUAUGUGUUCUAAUUGGUAUUGGUUUAGAUGAUACUGAACAAGAUAUUGAAUAUAUUAGUCGUAAAAUAUUAAAUAUUCGUUUGUGGUCAAAUGCAGACGAGGCUAGUGAUCAAAGAUGGUCAAAAAGUGUUCAAGAUCUUAAUCUUAGUAUUUUAUGUAUUAGUCAAUUCACACUGCAUGCUACAUUGAAGGGAAAUAAACCCGAUUUUCACUAUUCAAUGCCAGCCGAAAAAUCUCGUCUAUUUUAUAAUCAAUUAUUAGAGAAAUUGAAACAUGAUUAUGCACAAGACAAAAUUUUUGAUGGCAUAUUUGGGGCAAAAAUGCUUGUAAAUAUUGCUAAUGAUGGACCAGUCACAAUUGUCAUCGAUAGUAAAAUAAAGAAACAUAACGCAACGUCGUCGGAAGAUGUAACAGAAUAA